AGAUUCGAAAAUAUACUACGUCAUUUGUUACUGAAAUUGAUACACAAACAAACUUUUAAUAUAUAUUUUAUAUGUACUAAACUUUUAAAUUUCCGAGAGAAGUAUAUUUAGUGAAAUUUAUAUAAAUCCCAAGCUGCUGUAUCAAUUUACAGUUUACAUACUAUAUUGUAUGUAUAUCAAUGAAUGAAUGUGACAAUUUUUUCUAACUUUUAACCACAUGUAGAGAAAGAUCUAUAAUUAGGUUGUUACAAACGCUUGACACAAAUUAAGAAUAAAAAGCAUUUUAAAGAACAAGUGUACGAUGGAGGAUUUGUGGGAUGUUUAAUUAAAACAUGUCCUUAACCAUUCUAUUGGAAAUUGGGCAUGAUGCCUCUUUAAGAUCUAAAACUACUUCAGAAGGAUUUACUCACGAUUGGGAAGUUUUCGUUAAAGGACAAAACGGAGCAGAUAUACAUUAUUAUGUAGAAAAAGUUGUUUUUUAUUUGCAUGAAACGUUCCCAAAUCCAAAACGAGUUGUUAAAGAUCCUCCAUAUUCAUUAAGAACAUCAGGUUAUGCUGGAUUCAAAUUACCCAUAGAAAUACACUUGAAAAAUAACCAAGAACCAAAAAGGAUAAAGUUCAAUUAUGAGCUCUAUCUUCAACCGACUGGUCCUCCAAUACAUAGAGUUCAAAAAGAAAAAUAUACUUUUUUUAACCCUUCAGAAGAAUUUCGAGUUAAACUAUUAAAAGGUGGAGCAGUGGAAGGUGGUGGUAGCAAUAUUGAAAAUAGUAUAAAUAGAGGAAUGUCCAUAGAGAAAAAUCAAAUGACUAGCAAACCAAAAUUGAGUGGUUCUGAUAUACCUAAAAAGCACAAAAUGAAACUAGAGGAACCGAGAACGACGGAUUUCGAAAAUUUAUUCGGGCCUCCAAUUAAAAAAACUACUAAAAUACCCGAACUUCCGAAAACCAAGGAACCUCCGACUAUCAAACCUCCAAAUGUUGACAAAUCUAUCGAUAAAGAAAAGAAUGAUAAAACGAAAUCAAACAAAAAUACACACAAGGACAAGGAAAAACCCAAAGAAAAAUCGGACAGCUUAGAUAAGAGAAACAAAGAAGAAAGAAAAAAAUUCAAAGAUGAAAAGAGUAAGGAUAGAGAAAGAUCAAAAGAGAAAAGUUCGAAAAAGGAAAGAGAAAAAUCACCGGCGAUUAAACCAAGAAGCCCCACACCAAAAAGAUCUCCGAAAAGAGAUGCUAGCCCAGUUCCAAUACAAAAACAUAGUAGCAGCAAAGAGAAGGAUACAAAUAAAGAUGAGAAAAAAGAUAAAGAUAGAGACAGGGAUAAGAAGGAAGAAAAAAAAUCGAAAAAGGAUAAACGGGACCACAAAGAAAGCAAACAUAAAGAUAGAGAUAGGGAUAAAGAUCAUAGAGAUCACAAAAACAAAGAAAGUAAAUCGAGGGAAAAAGAAUCAAAUGUUAUCAAACAAAAUGAAACUAGUCCCAUUCCCCCACCUACACAAAAUACGCACAAGACUGAUAAAAAGCCAAAAGAAAAAGAACAAAUUAAGGAACAACCGAAGGAGGAAGAGAAAGUUGAAAAACCAGAAAAAGUGGAAAAGAUAAAGAACGAAUUGGAAGAGAGACAAAAACACAAACACAAAAAGAAAGAUCGCAAAGAGAAAAAAGAUGAGAAACAUUCCAAAAAGGAAGAUAAAAAAAUCGAGAAGGCGCCAAAUUCGAUUUCCACUUUGAAAGAUGUUCAAGUCAAAGAGGAAAAACCUAUUGCGGCACCUGCCAAUCGACAAGUGGAUAAGAAUAAUUUGUUUGGUAGCCCAAAGAGUGAUUCACCAUCGACUCCCAAAGAAACUGAAGUGAAAGUAGAAAAUAAUUCACUAUUUUUGAGGGAAGAUGAAUCAUCUAAUGAUUCGGUUAAACUGAGUAGUAAAGAAGCAUCUCCCGCUCCUCGUAUACCUUCAAAGUCUCCAUCACCACCUCCGCCACCUGAACCGGUUAAAAAACCCGAACCAGAGAAGAAGAAGGAACAGUCGCCAAAGAAAAAGGAAAAAAAGGAGAAAAAAAAGGUGAAACUUGAUGAUAAAAAAAUUGACAAAGAAAAAGAUGAAAAAAGAAAAAAACGAAAAAGCGAUCCUACUACUACGGUGGAAGAAGAACCGCCGGAAAAAAUAAAUAAAAUAGAAGAAGCAGUAGUAAAUUCUGAUGAGGAAAGUAAAGUUUCAAGUACAGAGGAUACGACGCCGGUCGUUGUUCCACCGAAAAGUGAGUGUGAUAUGGAUAUGCUUCGAGAAUUGCAGCGAAAAAUAAUGAGUUUAAAGGAUAACGCCGAUCUCCAACGGGUGGUUCAAUUGAUCGCCGAAACUGGUCAAUACGAAGUAUCGGCUCAUACUUUCGAUUUCGAUCUUUGUCUUUUAGACAGAUCGACAGUGCGACAGUUACAAGACUUUUUUUCGACGAUAUCGUAGUAAACAAUUAUUGAUUAAACCAUCAAAUUUUGUUAAUAGUGAGAUCAAAUAAGAGCUGGGUAAUUUUAGUACAAAUACCGAUAAGAUUUCAACCAUAGUGAAUCUAAUGAAACAUUGAGAUUACGGACGGUUUUGGUUCAUUAUUCUGUAGAUUACAUAUAGUGGUAAUUGGUAUUUUUAAUUGUCUCAAAUCAAUUCUCAAAAAUUCUAAUUGUUUUGAUUCUAGGUCUCUUUUGAUAAGAAAACUAGUUUGUCGUUUCGACCUAUUUCGGUCUCGAUGCAUAUAAAAGGAUCUUAGAAAUAAGAAACUAACAGAAAUUAAUAUAUUUGUUUGACAAAUACUUACCCGGCUCGAUCAAAUUAAUUUGUAUAUAAAAUUUUUUUGUUAUAGUGUUGAAUAUACCAAGUGAGCGAUAUAGAGACCAAUGUUUUAUAUUUAAUUUGAAAAAAAAAAAGGUUAUCUAGGACUUGUAAAUGUGAAGUUGUGCGUUACAUUAAAGGAUGGAAUGUGCUGUGGGUAAUUUGAUCGCGACAGGUUCAACUCGGUCUAAAAAUUCAACGAAACCAUUUUAUAAUUUGAAUAAUUGGAAAUUACACUAAUAAUAAUCCAAAUUUUAGUUGGAAUUAUACUUAUAGAUAUCCAAAGUUGAAAAUAAAUGAUUCGGCUCCAUUAGAAUAUAAAAAAUAUGUUUUUUUAAUAUAAAUUUUAAAAAAUACAAUUUUUUCAUCAUGGAUUCAACUGAAUUUGUAAAAAGUACAUUUUUAAAUUCAUUUUUUCAACAUUCACGCAAAAAAUAAUGAAAUUAAAAAAGUGGCCUUCUGUCACCAGGGGUAUUUAUAAAGCUGGUUGAGUUUGGUGUUUGUACCUCUGCGCCACACGCUCCAAGGUCUCGCUAGCUAGAUCCGCUUUUUCGUUCUCCUAUUCAGUAGCCGUUGAAGAUUGAAAUUUGCUCUAUUCCUCCCUUUCACUCGUUCUCUUUUUCCCAUGGAGUUGUCAUUUGGACUGGAUUCCUCCUCCAGCUUCUCAAAGUUUUCCUUCAGUUCACGCUCCUUUUGACUGAGUGGAUCAAUAUCAUCAGCGUAGGCACUGUCCUCCUCUAUUAACUUUGAUAUUUCUUAUGACUCGUUCUAGUGUCAGAUCUCCUCCGCUAUCAUAACUUUGCUCUUGAUCUCAGCUAAAGUCAUCCGCAUCAGAGGAAUGCCAAAAAGGGUUGUGUAGAGUUAAGAUCGAUCAAAUACUGUCAUAAGCUUGUUUGUAAUCUAUUAAAGAACUGCCGUAUGGAAAUAUUGCCUUUCCAACAUCCAAACUUGAAAUUAAUUAAAAAAAUAUUUUUGUGUCAAAAAAAUUUUAAACAAACGAAAUUGUAAGUUUUGGAACAAUUUUUUUUAAAAUUCAGGCUGAGAUGAACCUAUUGAAAUCUUCAUAAAAAUGAAUGGAUAAACCUUAAUCCCCCUCCUUUAUUUUAGUUACAAAUUUUAAUUAUAUCAUCUCUUUAGAUUUAAGUCUCAAUAAUUUCUCUAAAUAAAUUGUACAUAAUAUUUUAGUAAUCGCGUAUUGAAUUUAAGAGAAACCGCUGCAAGUCGUUAUGGUUUUAAAAAUAUCGAAUUUGGAUCAUAUAAAAUUCUUUUUUUUCUCCUUUAUAUACAGCGAAAUGUACUAAUUUGUAAAUAGGUAAUAGGAACGGUGAGUUAUAAAGUAUUAAACAUUUUUAAAAGCUGACAACAAUGCAAUAACAUUCCGUUAUUACAUAUUUCUCAAUCACACUGUAUAAAUAGUAUAUAAAAAUUCAUUUACAAGUUCAACUAAUGAUUUAUAACAACUUUUGUUGGAACGCUAAACAAGUUUUUCUCAGUUCAUAACUGAUUACCCCCUAAAAUAUGUAUUGAAUUUAGGUUUUCUUUUGAUUAAUACUAAUAAAAAGUAAUAUUCCCCGCUAUUGAUUUAUUAUGUAUUGAAAAUAAUUAGAUAUAAAUGAUUAGUACUUUACGGUUCACCGUAUCCACAAUAAUGAAUUUAGUACAAUUCUAAAGUAGAAUCAUUUUUAUUCUAUUGAUUUAUCUUUAUUUAUCAAUAUUUUUUAGCAGCUAGUUGUUUUCAUUUAAAAAUCAACUGCUCAUGAAACUUCUUUUGAGUAGAGAAAGAUUGAUUGCUUACUCUGUAUGUUUGUAUAUAUUUUGUACAUUAUUUAAUGAAAAAAUCGAUAAAAUGUUCCAGCUGUAUUUUAGAAGAAGUAAAUUUUAGAAUUACAAUCUUCGAUAUCCCAAAAAUCUAUACAAAUACAAUCUUUGUAUGCUAUUUCCUUUCGAAUUUACACAAAUUUUUAUGAUUUCUUCAAAUUAUUAAAAAAUAAGUAUGGAACUGAAUCGUUCAUGUAUAAAAGUAGAUGAAGAUAAUAUAAAAGUUUUUAUAACUCUUACUUUUAUACUCAAAUAUCAACUUUUAUUUGGAAACUAUUGAAAAUUUCGAAAUCACAAAGACUUCAAUGUUAUUUCGAUCCCAAUAAGCACAGCUGCUUACUCAAACUCGAAAAAAAAAUCCAAGAUGCUCUACAAAAAUGGCAAAGAAAACCCUUCCAUUUGGGUGUUGUUAUACCUUAUAAAUCCUCUAUAAAUAAUUUCGAAUUGUCUAUAACUUUUUACCUCUCACAUUUUUCUAUAUAUAUUUCGUGAUUAUUUGUCUUGAUUUCUUCUUUAAGAACAGAUAAAAUGUUGACAUACUAUAACAUUUCAAUUAAUGGAGAUCUAAAAAUCAAGACAAAUAAUUAGAACUUGUUAUAAUUGAGAUUGUGUGUUGAACUUUAUUGUGAUAAGAUUCUGUGGGUGGAAUUAUCAGGCUUCUUUUUGACUACUUCUGAAAUAUAUUAACCAUACAUUUUGUGGAUAUUUUUCAUUUCAAUGAUUAGUACCAACGGAUCUUUCUCUGCUAUUAUAAAAGUUGAUUAUAUCGCUAUUUUAUGUAAAUUAGUAAGGUGUUGAUAUAUAUAUAUAUUGAAAUAAGAUUAAGGGACAACGUGUUUCACAUUAAAUUAUAUUUUGUUGUUUGUUGUUUUUCUAAGACUUGACUAUUUAAAUAAAUGGAAUGGACGUAUGCAUGUUUUACUUAAAACAAA